GAGGACAGCAAGAGGGUUUGGUAGAGCCUCUGCUACUGCCUGCUCCAGAAACAUUUGCAGCCACCCCCCUCUGAUGGGAAAAAUGAGACUCAGGAUGCACCUGCUCCCAGGUGAAUGAUGGAGCCACAAACACAGGUGGAGUUUGCAACAAUGAGCUGAGCUGACGGUGGCUGACAGCUGAUGGGCUGCUGAUCCCAAGCGAUGACAUUUUGAACUAUUAUCCUGGGGAGUUUUCCCAGCAGAGGGGACUCUUCAUAGAAACCAUCUAGAGCGAGCAGCAAAUUUACCAUCUCACCCUCCUCUUUCAGAAAGACCCCUGACAGACCUUUGGGGACUGUGGGCUCCCAUCAUCAUUUAGAAGCCUCCGCAAAGUACUUCUCGUCACAGUUGCCGUCUCUGUCAGCCACUUGGCUACUUUGCAUGAAGCUGGCAUAAUGCAGUUCCACUACCAAAAGCCCAAGAGGAAGGCGCAGCGGUGCUGCUAUUGCUGCAUCGAAGCCCUCAGCAGAUUCCUCCUCCUGAUGCUGGUAGCCACCGUCAUCGCUCUCCUGCGGUAUUUUCUAGAAUUCUCUGGUGUUCCAUUGGCACAUGUUGAGGAUAAAAAAGAGCUGCUGACGAAUUCAAUCUCCACUCAAACACCCCCUGAUGGCCUUGCAUUUCUCAGGAUUCAUCCUCCCACCUCAGCUGCGAAGGAGGCCAUUUCUCAACAGCCCGCCACGCCCCUCGAGUUGGUUUCCCCUCAGACUUCCUCUCGGAGGAAGAUGGAUUCUCUUCUGCUGACCGCUAAGAAGCCCAACCUGUGGGCUUCUUUGCAGCGUUCGGGGACACGACAACAAAGGCUUGCCUCAGCCACGAAACAGAGGUCUCCUCAGCAGCUGACCUUGGCCACGGAACUGUUGCCUCAGCUAAUCACAGCAACAAAGCUGGAAUCUCCUCACCAGCUCACCUCAGAUGUGAGCUCAGUGUUACCCCAACAUCUCCCCUCUGUGACAGAGAUGACCCCUGGACGACCACAAACCGCAGCCGUCGAGUGGACUUCUCCUUCUUGGCUGAAGGUGACUACAAAACAGAAGUUUCCAGCCCAUCCAGCUGCAAAUGCGCAACCAACAUCACAGCACCUAACCACAACUAGAAGUCUAGCUUCUCCACCGUGGUUAGCCAGUACCACAAAACGGAGAUCUCCUCAGUUCUGCUCAGCGAGGCCAUCUUCUCCACCACAGUUAACCCAACCAACCAACCUGCCAUCUUCAUGGUGGUCGACCACAGCAAUGAAAGGGCCAUCUUCUAGUAAACCAACCUCAUCCAUGAAAUCAUUUUUUUUAUCUCAGCUGAUGAUAGCCAUGAAUCGUACAUCUCCACAGCAGCAAACCACGGUUGUGAGCUCUCCGGAGAAUCUAACUGCAGCCUCUCCGUGGCAAAUAACUUGGCUUCCAAAUGUGACUUAUCCUCAGCAACCAUUUUUGGUUCAAGAUAUAUCUAAUCCAACUGGACAAAAUGACACAACUCAAUAUUUCAAAGGCUCAUUUCUUCUGUUGAAUGAAGUCUACCAUUCCAGCUACAGUGACCCGAUUUCAGCCAGCUUUGGAAGUGAGGCCAGAAAGCUGGAAAAUAUAGUAAGUGUAAUAUCUGAAUGUCCAUUGCAUGUACUAAACAUGAAAUGCAAUCUAUGCAACCAUUCCAAACACGGCAAUGUUUUAGCAGGUCAUUCAAACUGUGAAUGUGAAAUUUCAAAUUUGAAAUUGGAGAAAAGGGUGGCUGUCAUCUCCUCUGCCUCCUCUCUGUCCUGCCACAUGCGGCAAUCCAAGCGUGAUGUCAUAGUGCUCUUCUUCCCGAUCAUUGGCCGCUGGUGGCAGGAGGAAGGAAGGCUGAUCAGCAACGCGUUUGCCAAGAGUGCGUUAAGACUGCUAUAUCGGGGGUCAUCUGUCCUGGCACUGGGGGCUGGACCAAAUGUCAGAGUGGAUUUCAUACUGAGGUUCCACAGCAGCGCCUGCGCGUUGACAGUGAGCCCCAACAGUGUGGCCCAGGAAAUGAUCCACGGCUUCCAGGAAACUCCGAACAAAGCUGGAGUCCUGGUGAACACAGACAGCAUCCAGGUUGAAGACUACAACGGAUUGUGCCUGUUGAAGCUGUCAUGGCUGUCCAGCAUUAGUGGUGUGAGUAACAGCGGAGGCACCCAGGAAGAUCAGAACACCAACUGGGAUGGCUGCCUUCUCAAUGAGCAGGGGAGGUGGCCUUGGGCUGCCAUUCUGCUGAAAAGCAGAGGUCCUGUUUGUGGGGGAAGCCUGAUUGCGGACAACUGGGUGCUGAGCGCCAGGAGCUGUGUGGCAUCUGGAGACUUCUCCUUAUAUUCUGUAAAGCUUGGCUCAUCCAAGCAUGCAUCUUCAGAUGAGCUGUAUCCCGUUGCAGAGAUUGUCCCCCUCCCAUCAAGUGCCCAAGAGGACGUCGCAUUAAUCCAGCUGGCAAAAUCCACACCAAUUACCUCUUCUGUCCAUCCCAUUUGCCUUCAUGAUGCGUCCCACGUCGCACCUUCUGGGACCGGGUGCUGGGCACUAGCAUCAAUGGAAAAUGUUGCUCCCCUUGACGUCCGUCAGUGGACAGUGACUUCGCAGGCCAGCUGCUUCCCCUUCUCUUCCUCUACCUCCACCUGCGCGCAAGCCUCCGACCUCAAAAAGAAACCUCAGUUGACUACCGGAGGGCCCUUGGUUUGCCCAGGAGAGAAGGGGCACCUUUACCUGGAGGGAAUUGUUCCGUCCUCUGCAGGAAGCCACAGCAAACCAGAGGGGGAAAGCAAGCAGCAAUCGGCCACCUUCGUGCGCAUUGCACCGUUGGUUCCAUGGAUCACCUCCCAACUUCUCCCCUGA